UGACUUCAAAAAGAAGAAGACAAAAACAUUGUUUUUUUUUUUUUCUCGACUAUAUUUGUGGCAAAACCAAUAAGAAAUCCUAAGGAAUCCUACACAAAAUGAGUGAAAAAAGGAAAAAUAAGAAAUCGAAAGAAGAAAUAGCCAAGGAAUUUGAUUUGCCGGAGCGCAAGUCGAAAAUUGCCACCAUCAUGAAGCAAGAUGGCCAGGCGUACUGUAUUUGCCGUACCUCGGACUGUUCCAGAUUUAUGAUUGGUUGUGAUGGCUGCGAGGAAUGGUAUCAUGGUGAUUGCAUCAAUAUUACCGAAAAGGAGGCAAAACAUAUUAAACAUUAUUAUUGUCAAAAGUGUAAGGAAGAUGAUCCCACUUUGCAAACGGUAUUUCGUGUAGUGCCCGUGGAGAAAACAGCUAAUCCUAUGGGUGCUGUUAUGCCUAUAGAAGCGGAAAAGCGCAAAAAGUCCAAAGAUCUUAGCGCCAAUGUUGUCGCUGAAGUGCCCGUUAAAAUAAGCACUAAAGUUAACCGUUGUGGUACUUGUGAGGGCUGUCGCACACCCAAUUGUAAUAACUGUGAGGCCUGUCGAAUACGUGUGGGUCAUAAGCCGCGCUGUGAAAGACGUGUUUGUUUGGUGCAACUUCAGGCUCAGAUGUCGGCACAAAUAGCCCCUCAAGUCGUGCCACAACAGCAGCCGCCAGCUGCUCAACCUACAAGACCCACUAAGAAAAAGGAAAAACCCGUGAAAGAUCGUCAACGCAAAAGGAAAAGAUCCUUGACUCCUGAACCUUUUAUCAAUCCCGAACUAGAAGGCUUACGCCAAUGUUAUGGUCCCGGCUGUAGAAACAAUUCUCGUCCCCAAUCCAAGUACUGUAGUGAUGAGUGUGGUCUGCGCUUGGCGACUGCACGUAUAUUUCAGGUUCUGCCACAACGAGUACAAGAAUGGAAUCUUACACGUUGUCGUGCGGAGGAGGAAAAUAAAAAACAACUAGACCAAAUAAGAUCAAAACAGGCUAUGGUACGUUUUGCUUUAGCUGAACUAGAUAAAAGGCAUCAGGAACUUGAUAUGAUUGUGGAAAGAGCCAAACACUCUUCUUUAGAUCCCAACUUCCAAGAACACAAUGAUAUAGAAGAUGAACAGUCUAUGUAUUGUAUUACCUGUGGUCAUGAGAUUCACUCACGUACCGCCAUUAAGCAUAUGGAAAAGUGCUUCAACAAAUAUGAAUCACAAGCUUCAUUUGGCAGUAUUUUCAAGACUCGCAUUGAAGGACAAUCCAUGUUUUGUGAUUUCUAUAAUCCAGCCAGUAAGACAUACUGUAAACGUUUGAAGGUACUGUGUCCUGAACACUGUAAAGAUCCCAAAGUUAGUGACACUGAUGUUUGUGGCUGUCCUUUGGUCUCUGACGUUUUUACGCCUACCGGGGAGUUUUGUCGGGCUCCCAAAAAAAGUUGUUAUAAACAUUAUGUUUGGGAAAAGAUACGUAGAGCUGAAAUUGAUUUAGAGCGUGUUCGACAAUGGUUAAAAAUGGAUGAGCUUUUGGAGCAGGAGAGGCAAAUAAGGCAUCAAAUGGCUUCCAGAGCUGGGGUAUUGGGUUUAAUGUUACAUUCCACUUAUAAUCAUGAGGUAAUGGAAGAAUUAUGCCGCCAACAGCAGCAGCAAUUGGCUGCAGCUCAACAACAGAAGCAGUUAAUGUAGAAAAGGUUUUGUCUUAAAAAACAUUAACAUUUGUGUAAAAGUGUUAAGUAAAUAUAAUAAAAUUUUUAAUAAAUGCCCAUAAAAUGAAUUAAGAAAAAUAUUUAUA